AUGGGGAUUUUUAAUGCUGUUUUUCUUUGUUUGUUUGUUUUAACAUCUGGGUUUCUAUCUCUAUCAUCAGCCAUCAAUGUUUCACAUGAUGGAAGAGCAGUGCUGAUCAACGGUCAGAGACGGAUUUUAAUAUCUGGUGCUAUUCAUUACCCACGUAGUACUGCAGAGAUGUGGCCUGAUUUGUUUCGAAAGGCUAAGGAGGGAGGUAUAGAUACGAUCGAGACGUAUGUUUUUUGGAAUAUCCAUGAGCCACGUCGUCGUGAGUAUGAUUUUAGCGGCAACCGGGACAUCAUUAGAUUUCUCAAGACAAUACAGGAUGCUGGUUUGUAUGCAAUUCUUCGAAUUGGACCAUAUGUAUGUGCUGAAUGGAAUUAUGGUGGUUUUCCUGUUUGGCUGCACAAUAUGCCUGGAAUUGAGUUGAGAACAGAUAAUGAAGUAUUCAAGAAUGAGAUGCAGAAUUUUACAACUCUAAUAGUUAAUAUGAUCAAGCAAGAGAAGCUCUUUGCUUCACAAGGUGGUCCAAUAAUCCUUGCUCAGAUUGAAAAUGAAUAUGGUAAUGUCAUUGGUUCAUAUGGAGCAAAAGGAAGAAACUACCUUCAAUGGUGUGCAAAGAUGGCCACAUCUCUCAAUAUUGACAUUCCAUGGAUUAUGUGUCAGGAAAAAGAUGCGCCGCAGCCGAUGAUCAAUACAUGUAAUGGAUAUUUCUGUGAUGGCUUUUCGCCAAACAACCCUAAUAGUCCUAAGAUUUGGACUGAGAAUUGGAUUGGCUGGUAUAAAUCAUGGGGUGAGAGGGACCCUCACAGGAGAGCAGAGGAUGUAGCCUUUGCAGUUGCACGAUUCUAUCAAAAGGGAGGUACUCUACAAAAUUAUUACAUGUAUCAUGGAGGUACCAAUUUUGGGCGCACAACAGGUGGUCCAUAUAUUGCGACGUCUUAUGAUUACGAUGGUUUCCUCGAUGAAUAUGGUAAUAUUAAUCAACCUAAGUGGGGUCAUCUCAAGCGUCUUCAUUCUAUCAUUAAAUCAAUGGAAACAGUUCUCACAUAUGGCGAUGUAACUCCCAUCGAUUUUGGUAACGGAGUUGAGGCAACCAUUUACGCAACUAAUGAGACGUCAGCAUGCUUUUUAAGCAAUCGCAAUGAAAUGAGUGAUGAGACUAUCUACUUCCAGAAAAAUAAUUAUUUCUUGCCUAGGUGGUCUGUUAGUAUUCUGCCUGAUUGCAAGCAAGUCGCCUACAACACUGCAAUUGUGAACACUCAAACUUCUAUAAUAGAAAAGAUGCCGAAUAAGGCGGAAGAAGAACCUGAGCAGCUAAACUGGGCAUGGCGUCCUGAGUACAUCAAAGAUACUCUUAGUGGUAAGGGUUCAUUCAAAGCAGACCAUCUUCUUGAACAGAAAUUGGCAUCAUCUGAUGCAAGUGACUAUCUAUGGUAUAUGACCAGUGUGCGCAUUAGCAAACAUGAUCCCUUCUAUAGCAAACACAUGACGCUACGUAUAAAGACAGAAGGUCAUGGUCUUUACAUCUAUUUCAAUGGCGAGCUUGUAGGAUCGCAAUACGCCACAACUGGAAAAUAUAGUUUUGAGCUUGAUGUUCCAGUCACAGUGAAAUCCGGAAAGAAUUACAUUACCCUUCUCAGUGUUACAGUUGGAUUAGCGAAUUAUGGUGCGUACUUUGAUAUAAUUCCAGUUGGGAUUACCGGACCCGUACAACUCAUUGGCAAUGGAAGUGUUGUUAGAGACUUGUCUUAUAACCAGUGGACCUAUGAGGUGGGAUUGAAUGGUGAGGAUAAAAAGAUUUAUGAUAAUAAAUAUGCACAACAACUUAAAUGGUAUUCGGAUGAAAUUAUUAUUAAGAGACCCAUGACUUGGUACAAGACAACAUUCAAAGCUCCUUUAGGACUAGAGCCAGUGGUAGUGGAUUUGCAAGGCUUAGGAAAGGGUGAAGCAUGGGUUAAUGGUCACAGCAUCGGUCGAUAUUGGCCCACUGUCAUAGCUCCAUCAGAUGGUUGUGAGGAAUGUGAUUACCCACAUUUCAGCAAAACAAGAUGUGCAACUAAUUGUGGUGAACCUACUCAAAGAUGGUACCAUGUUCCCCGAUCAUUCCUCCACACAGACAAUAACACCUUGAUCUUGUUUGAGGAAGCAGGCGGCAAUCCAACAUUAGUUAAUUUUCAGACCGUCACCGCUGGAACUAUCUGUGCUAAUGUUAAUGAGGGGACUACUUUGGAAUUGUCAUGUCAGGGUGGCCAUUUCAUCUCUGAUAUUCAAUUUGCUAGCUUCGGGGACCCUGUAGGCACUUGCGGGUUCUUUGAAAAAGGCACAUGUGAGGCUGACCAUGCCUUUUUGGUAGUGCAAAAGGCUUGUGUGGGACGGAAAAGUUGUUCAAUCGAUGUCUCGGAGGCGACAUUAGGGCUUAGCAAUUGUGACAACAACAUUAACAAGAGGCUCGCUGUGCAGGCCGUCUGUUAA